UUUUUUUUAAUUCCUUUUUUUUUUUUUUUUUUUUAACAGAAAGUUUUGUCCUCAACUUUCACAAAAUUUUACAAGAAAAACAGUUAAACUUCUAUAACGACAAUUAUAAUAAAAUGCAUAUUGUCGUUUGUAACGAAGGACCUUCUGGUCUCAUAUUUGCCCUUUUAUUGUCUGAAAUUUUUGUUACAAAAAAUAUUUCCGGAAAAAUUACAAUUUUUCAUACCCAUAAUUCAAAGAACGAACUUUUUUUAGUCAAUAAAAAUGAUUUUUUACGUCUUCCCAGAAAUAUAUUUGAUUAUAUUUCUUCCGCAGCUGUUUUUAAAGAAAUUUUUUCUGCUGAACGAUCGGCAUAUUUUAUGGACGAACUGGAGAAUAAACUUUUGGAAAUAAUUCUAAAAUCCAAUAAUAAUUUUGUUCAAGUUAUUAAAAAAAGAUUUUACCCUACAAGUACCCAAUAUGACUUAUUGGUUCUCGCAGAUGGUUAUAGCGUUAACCUUCAGGAUAAUUACCGGUUUGAAAAAGAAGUUAUUUUAAAAAGUUAUGAAUUGAAGGUUAAUUUUCAAACUACGAAAAAUCAACUACAAAAUAAUGAAACAGAAAUUUUAUCAUUAUUACAAACCAGAUAUUUUUUAGAACAAGAUAAUGAUCAAAACUUUCUUAAAGUAAAUUUAUCAAAAUCUGAAUAUGAUAAUAUUGAUUUUAAUGAUGACUCAACUUUAAAUUCGAUAAAGAAUCCUUGGUUUCUUAAUAUUAUUCGAGAUGGUUUUGAAUUUUUUGAAGUUAAUGUUGACGAAAAAUUAAUUUCAAUCACCAAGAGUUCUAACGACUUAUUAGUAUCCAAAGAAUUUUAUAAAAGUUAUCAGCAGCUUGAUGGUCGAUUUAUAUGUGUAAUUGGUGAUUCGGCACUUAACUCAUUUAAUUGCAAUUCUUGGCAUAGAAGUAUGUACCUUGGAAUUGCUAUAUCAACAGCAACGAUCUUAGCCGAGCAACUUACCGUUGGACAAGCACCAUUUGAAAUCACUCGUAACAAUCUCGACGAAUUUUCUAAUGCUAUGUUAAAUUUUCAAAAAAGAUUCACGUACAAAUUUCAGUCAACGAAUAUGGACAAUAUUCUUUCAAAAGUUACCAACAACAUUGUUGAUAAUUAUAAUAAACAUCAUCCCAAGAAUAUGUUAUCGUCCAUCAACCCUUCUGAUCCCAUGUCAAUCCUGAAUAAAUACCCUCAAUUAUUUGAGAUUGAUCAUACUUUCGAUUAUAAAAGUGAUAAUAUUCUUAAUGGAAUAAGAGAAGAAUACGUAAAGAAUAUCAAACAAUCUGUACCUGAAAUAUUAUCAAAAAAACUUGAUAGAAUUAAAAAUAUGAUAAAUCAUUUUACAAUUUAUGAAUCAUAUACAUUUUGUCAUAAUGUUUCAAAUAAUAUCGAGUCAAGUAAGAAUAAUUUAUCUUGAUCUUUACCAUAACGAUAAUAAUUAAUCAAUUUAUAUUUUUAGAUAAUUGGAAUCAACC